AUGGGGACCAUGGCUGGGAAGCCUGUGUCCGACCAUACUAUAAAGGGUUCUGACUGCUGGGGUCUAGAGCAGCCUCUGGAGGGCCAGGGCUGCAGGUACCCAACAUGGGCCCCCAGCUGCAGGCUGUUCCCACACCCCCGCCUCCUGCAUCCAGCUGACAAACAUCCUCAGGCAGUUCAAACAAGGGUGGUGUCCGUUAUUCCCCUGAUCUCCAGAAAGCAGGGGACGCUUCCAGGAGCAGAGAGGAUGGUGACAGCGGCCAGAUUUGCCCUCCUGCUGCUGGGCUGCAUGGGGCUCCUGCAGCCAGCCGGUGCCCGGUACAUAGACUACUGCCCCCGGGGCUGGUCCUAUUACAAGUUCAGCUGCUUCAAGUACUUCAGUCAGCCUCGGAACUGGGACGAGGCUGAGAAACACUGCCAGGCCAGCCAUGCUGAUGCCCACCUGGCUUGGGUGGAGGAGCCCCAGGAAGCAGCCACCUUGCGGAAGGUCAUCUCCUACUACCAGCGAGUGCAGCCUGUCUGGCUUGGCCUGCGCUAUGGGCAGGAGAGCCGGGCCUGGCAGUGGGCAAGUGGGAACAAGUACAGCAUGAGCAAUGGGCUGGCUGGGAACGGUGCCCAAGGGGGAACCUGUGGUGUGCUGACCCACCUCAGCGGCUUCACCGUGUGGUCCAGCACAGACUGUGCCCAGAAGCAUCACUACAUCUGCAAGUUCACCCCUUCACAAUGAGCACAGCCCCUGGGCCCCUGUCGGGGCACAGACUGGCAAUGCUCCUCCCUUGCUACCUCUGCUCCUCUUCCCCCCAGA